CCCGAGCAGAACGGACAUGGCCGCCCCGGUAGCGCUGCGGUGGGCGCGACUUCUGCUGGCCGGCGCCACUCUGGUGGCGCUGCUCCACUCAGCGUCGGGAUCAGGACGAUGCGGCGACAGUCCGAUGAUCAUCUUCGUUGCCAAGGGAGAGAAGAAGCACGUGAAAUUCUGGAACACCGACAGCGUCGCCACACCGCUCGUCCAGCCGGAUGAGGCGGAGGAGGCGCUGGAGAUGGGCAGCGGGAACGAGGCCGAGCCAGCGGCCGCCUCACCGUCGGCGGGGGACGCGCUGUUCGUGGUGACAGCGGCCGGCUCAGAGACGCUGACGGUGCCGCCGCUGUACGACACGCAGCCACACAUCGUGCUGCCCGAGGCGCCGCCCCUGGGCGCGUCCGUCGCCGACUCCGUGGUCCCGCUCGCCGCCAGCGAGGACGGCAGUGGGGACGAGGCCGAGGACGAGCUGGUCAAGUCCGAAGGGAUGUUAGAGAGAGAUUCCGCCCAGUCAGAGGGGUCCGGAGACCUGAGCAGCGUGGAAGCCACUACGGAAGUGGAGUUUCUGACCACCAUCACUCCUUUUGAUCUGGUGGCUAUUGAGGGCAACAACGUUGAGACCAAAAAGGCAAUUCUGCCCGACGUUAAGGAGGACGAACUGGAGGGGUCGGGUAACAGUGUUACGCUGUCAGCGUCCGCCACCAUCCCUUUGCACAAAUACCAGGAGAUCAGAAUCACGCAUCACGACCCCGACCUCUCCGAGCCCGAGUUCUCUGGAGACCAGUCUGUCUCUGUCGACUCGGGGGAGGUGGACGACGCCGAGCGGUUGCUGACAGUGGCCGGGUUCAGCGGCGACAAGGUGCUGAUCGAGUGGAGUCCGGACACCGAGGGCUCGCCCGCCGGUGCCGGCGAGGCCCCGCGCGAGGGCAGCGGGUCAGCCAUGCAGGAGGCGGCCCGGCCCGACGGAGAACUGGCCGCCGACGAGAUCUCGCUGGAGCUGCUGGAGCCGGUCGACACCGGUCUGACGUCGCCGUCGGCCGGCGCCGCCGACACGGAUGAGCUACUGCCGCUGGUGCAGACGCACGGCUCCAUCCACCAGCUGCUCUCUGCGCUGCCGCUAGGCCCAGCGGCCGGCGCGCAGGCCGAGCCUGCCGCGGGGCAGCAGCUGCCGGUGCCGGCGCAGCCGCAGCAGGUGGAGAGCGCGCCGGAUAACCUGGAGCAGCUCGACCGGCUUCUCCUGCUGCAGGGCUUCAGCAGCGGCGACCGUGUCAUCCUGGAGCACGUGCCGGACGAGGUCGGUUCCGGCUCCGGCUUCGGCGGCGCCUCGGCGGUGGAAGAUGACAUCACGCUGUUCGUAGACUCUGCGAGCGGCCCACUGGCGGCGCUGGCCGCGCCGAAUGGCGUGGACGAGCGGUCACCACUGGAGGCGUCCGGCGGCGGACCGAACGAUGACGCCGCCAGCCAGAUUAAGCCGAGCAAGAUUAAGAACAGCUGGGUGGCGAAGGAGGCGACCAUCAGCGGCUCGGGUCACGACCUGCCCGAGGCGGUAGAUGGCGAAAUCGAGACGGACGACGUCGGCUUGCCCGUCGUGAAGGACUCGGAGCGGCUGGCUCUGGUGGAGGGUGAGACAGCACAGCAGAUUAGCCAGCUACCCGUGGCCGAGACCGAGGGCUAUCCCACCACCCAGCACAACUCGACGGCAGACACCGAGCAGCAGAAGGCGGCCGCCGACGACAGCGCUGACAAGGAUCUUACAAAGAGCGUGUCCAACGACGUCAGCCCGGAGGUCAACUCGGCGGACUCGCUGCCGGCGGCAGACAGCUCCGGCAUCCGCCCCGAGCCACAGAUCGCCGCCGCCGACGCCGAUUCGACCCUGUCUGUCCCCGCACUGAACCGGGAGGCCCUGCUUAGCAGCAUCUACCGCAUCAUCAACGACCAGAGCGACCCGAGCGGUGGAAGGCCGGUGCGCCGUCCCAGCUGGGCGGACUUCAUGGCUUCGCCCGUGCGCCGCGAUCAGUCGCAGCAGCUCAGCGCGGAGACGGUCGUUGUGGGGCAUCGGUCGCGCCAGGAACUUCACGGCGGCAGCCGGCACCGAGACCAAGCGCAGCAGCCGAGCGAGGCGGAGCCAGCUGCCGCCCCGGUUCGGCCGCAGAGACCCGAGCAGCAGCUCACGUUCGACGCGGUCGAGAGCCUCCGGAACACGGACGACCAGCUGUUCCGCUUCAUCCGGUCUCAGCCGUAUCCGUUCGUGUCGGCGCUGCUCAAUGGCCGGCCAGGCUCGCGUCGGUCCCGCGUCGCGUCGUCCGCCGUUGACUGCGAAUGGCAGAUCCAGACUGAGUCCCACCUGUACCUGCUCGUGACGCUGGACAAUCUGAGCGCGCCCUACACGGUCGACUGCGACGGCGCGUACAUCGAGGUCGAGCGCGAGCGCGACGGCUUCGAGGCCCGCUGGUGUGGCAACCGGAUCAAGCAGAGCGGUUCGCGGCCGCACAUGGUGUUCGCGAGGGGCGAGGUACGCAUCGCCGUCUACAACAACGGCAACACCACCGACCUGCCCACCGGCUUCGAAGCGCGUGUGGAAGUGGUGGACCUGCUGGACGCCCGCCAGUACGCCACGUUCCGGCGGUCGGGGCUGAACUUCCGGCGCCUGAUCCAGCACCCGCUGCUGCCGUCAUCCUAGAGACCGUGCCGGCCAGCUGUCGGAGCCGGCGGCGGCACUUGUGGUCUUCAUCGAAACGGUGGCAUUCCGCUGAGCGACAGCGGCAGCCGCGCAAACUCGGCACCGGGACGCCGUCCCUUGACCGUGUUUUGGGCAUUACAUCCUCUUCCAACACCGAGAAGCUGGAGGAGCAGUUGCGCAUGUUGUAUGACACGAUACACUCACUGAACAGGUGCGCAGAGAGCGCUACGCAUGAUGUUGAGAAAAAUACGUUGGUGAAGUCUUCUCGCUUAGCUGUCAUGCCUCGUGAUGGAAUGUUUGAAGAUGUAUAUUUUGAAGCGACUGAGUGGUUGACUGAAAUAAAGCUACAUAUGAAA